ACAAAUGGUGGUACCAGGUGUUCCAAAAAGAAUAAUUAAAAUGGUUAAGACAGAUGAUGUUUGUGAUAAUGUCAAAGGUGAGGUUUCAAAUUGAAUGUGCGCAUAUACGAACAGGAACAAAGCAAGUUAUCUUUUGUAGUAGUAAUGUUCCACGGCGGUUUAAAGGGUGUUUUUCACAUGGCGGCCGUGCUGUUGAAUCCAUUACAGGGAACAUUUUAAUGACACGUACUGAAACAUGCAACUGGAUUUAAUACUAGAUUACAAACGACAAAAUGGAAAUGAAAUGAAUCUUUUCAACCUAAAAUAUUUAAAUAUGAAGUGAAUUUAUUUCGUCAAUUUGAAAUCAACAAUAUGCAAAUACAACUAUAUUUGUGUGAUUGGACCAUUUAACUUCUGACGAAUGUGGCAAUAAAGUUGCAAAUCCUAGCUGAUUUACCCCACUAAAAUUAGCGUUACUUUUGUGAUAGAAAGUGGCAACCCUUAGCCGAAUGACUCUAUUAGCAUUGCUUUAAGUCUUUUGAUUCAAAAUGGAAGACGAAAAAUUAAAGUCAAAUACAUCACAUCAUUUAUCAUGGAUGCUCAUGAAUUCCUUCCAGUUUCCUGAUAAUUAUACAUUGGAUGAUUUUCUAAAAGUUGCUGUGGAAUAUAAGGACACGGAUCACUGGUUUAAUGGCGGCGCGGAACUAAUUCUCGUGCUAUGUUUCUGCAUGGUGAUUUUGGCGGGAUUAACUGGUAACAUUAUCGUCUGUUUAAUUAUCUGCAGAAGUGGCGGGUUGAAGUCCACCAGAAACUGGUAUUUAUUAAAUCUGGCCAUUUCUGAUAUUUCUGCGUGCGUGUUUUGUAUUCCGUUCAUGUUGGUACGACUAACGUUAAAGAACUGGCAACUGGGUUGGUUCAUGUGUAAGUUCGUCCCGACUCUACAAACAACGUACGUGUUCGUGUCAACGUUUACAAUAUUAGCCAUAGCUGUGGAUAGAUACCAAGCCAUUGUGUGUUCCAGUGGCCGUGAUGUUAAAAAACAGCGAACUAAAUACGUCCUACCGGUAAUCUGGUUUACGUCAGUGUCAUUCGCCUUGCCCUUAUUUGUCGCUCACGUGAUUGAGGACGCUUAUGGAAUUUCCGGUUACGUCAUGUAUUCUAUAUGUCGCGAGAAGUGGGAAUCUAAUGGAUCUCUGUGGUGUUACACCGUAGCCGUGUUAUUAAUCCAAUAUCUAUCACCGGUGAUCGCCAUUGUAGCACUUCAUGUAAAAAUCUGCAAGUUUCUACACACACGUGUACACGAACGUCAGGUGACGCAGAGGGAGCUGCAUAGAGUCAGGCGGAACGUGGCCAGACAUAAAAAGAACAUGAUUUUAUUGACCACCAUCGCCAUUGCGUUCGCAGUAACAUGGCUUCCCAUGUCACUUGUUAAUCUUCUAGCGGACUUUGAUUAUCGUCUUUUCGCGCGCAUGGAUUUCCCGCUCAUUCAUGCCGUCUGUUUACUGAUUGCUUUCACGUCUGUUUGUAUCAACCCAGUUGUUUACGGAUGGUUUAACACGAACAUACGGCGUGAUUUGGCUAAAUGGUGCCGCACCAGCUACACGUGUGGCAAGGGAUUCCGUAAUCUCGGCAUAAACGAAGAACAUUCACCCCGAUGUCGAACUCGAGAUUUUGAUUCCACUACGAUCGGUAUGUCGACAAUGAACACGAACCAUCUGACGAUAACUCUGGAGAAGAGAGGUGAUAAGUUUGUGAUAACCGACGGAUUGUCAAAUAAUUAAAAUAACAAAAAACAAAAGAGGUGGAUAAUUUGUGAUAACCGAUGGAUGUGCAAUAGCCCAAUAAUGACGUGUGUGACCGGAUUCCCCUGUCGGGAAACAAAUCCUCGACCCCAGUCAUCGACUCCAUGAACUUCUACCGAGUGGGCAAAAGGGAAUAUCCCACAGGACAGAACAGCAUUGGUACACAACAAGACAGAACACUGGGCGCAGAGACACAACAGAGCAGAACAAGCUAGGCGUCGUGACACCA